GCCAAUUGCCAAGGCAGACAUACAUUCUGGUGUAGUAAGACCAAAAAAUAUGUUGAAAUUUUACUAAUAGCAAACGUUUAAAAAUAGAAAAAAAAAACUGUAGAGUACUCAUCCUUUUCUCUCUUUUUCUUUCUUUGAUUUAAUGAAUGACAUAAUGCUGUUAUUUUAUAAACUCUAUCGUUUUUCUGUCCACGGUGGCUCAUGCUGACAUCUGAGUUUGAAUAUCAAAAAAGAAAGCCAAAAACAGAAAAAACCUUUUUUUGCUUCUUUUUCUCUUCACUUACAUUUUCUACUCUCUCCCCACUCUUAUAUACAAUACCAUGUUAUUCCUGAGAAGGAUACCGAGGCAGUUGAAUGGACGAUCGUCUUUAUCUAUCAGUAAAUCGUUAAGAUCCAAUUUUUAUGUUACAUUGUUUCGUAGUUAUGCCACCACUGCAACUAUAACGUCAGAACAAAACAUCGAUGAUAAAGAAACCUCAGGAAAAGUACCGCAUAAAAAGAACAACACCAACAAAAGAAGACUUGUUUUUGAUAAUCGAUCUCCCUCAUUUCAAUAUUUUUUGGCUCAACAAUCAGCGACAGUGAAUACAGCUGACGUUCAUCCUGAUCAGGUACCUUAUAUAUCUACCAACUCAACUUGGGGUGAAGGGGCAAAAUAUUUCAUAGAGGUCUAUGGAUGUCAAAUGAAUGUGAAUGAUACCGAAAUCUUGAACUCGAUCAUGCUGAAAUCUGGAUAUGAACGAACAUUGAAUAUGGAAGAAGCUAAUGUUGUAUUUUUAGUCACAUGUGCUAUUAGAGAAAGUGCUGAAACAAGAAUUUGGGAAAGAUUGAAGUAUCUGCGUCAUUAUCGAACAAAGUUGAAUGCAGACACACCUCCAUUGAUUGGUGUAUUAGGGUGUAUGGCAGAACGAUUGAAAACCAAGAUCCUGGAUGGUAGAUUGGCUGAUAUAGUUUGCGGUCCAGAUGGUUACCGAUCGAUUCCUCAUUUGAUUUCACUCGCUACCACAGAAUAUCAGAAUGGUGUUGCCAAUGUUAUGUUGUCAGCGGAUGAAACUUAUACUGAUAUUAUGCCUGUACGUUUGGAUCAAAACAAUGUGUCAGCUUGGAUCUCUAUCAUGCGAGGAUGUAACAAUAUGUGUAGUUUUUGUAUUGUUCCUUUCACUAGAGGUAUUGAACGAAGUAGGCCGAUUGAUUCUAUUGUGGAUGAAAUGCGCUAUCUCAGUGAACAAGGUGUUAAAGAAGUUACCUUACUAGGCCAAAAUGUCAACUCUUAUCGUGAUACCUCGGAAUCCACCUACUAUUUGAACUCGGAGAACAAGAACAAUGGUAGUGGACUUAGUAAUGAUGGAUUCAAGACAAUUUACAAGGCAAAAGAUGGCGGUCGUCGAUUCACCGAACUUUUAGACAAGAUCAGUCUAGUGGAUCCCAAGAUGCGUAUUCGAUUUACAUCACCUCAUCCAAAGAAUUUUCCUACGGAAUUACUUCAUCUAAUCGCAGAACGACCUAAUUUAUGCAAAUCGAUUCAUUUACCCAUUCAAUCUGGAAGUAACACAGUGUUGGAACGUAUGCGACGUGGAUACACUCGAGAAGCUUAUUUACAAUUAGUUGAAGAAAUGCGUCGGAUCAUCCCUGAUGUUUGGAUUAGUAGUGAUUUCAUCACUGGCUUUUGUGAUGAAACUGAACAGGAACAUCAAGAUACCGUAUCUCUUAUGAAACAAGUGAAAUAUGAUAUGGCCUUUAUGUUUGCUUAUAGUAUGCGAGAAAAAACCCAUGCUCAUCGACGAUAUCAAGAUAAUGUGGAAGAUGCAGUCAAGAGUCGACGAUUAUCAGAAAUCAUCGCUACUUUCCAUGAAACGGCGGCAGCAAAGAACCAAGCAUUAUUAGGGAGUCAACAAAUGGUGUUAAUUGAUUCUGAUACUUCAAAAUCAAAGCGUGGUAUGGUAACUCGACUUAGUGGAAGAACUGAUGGAGGUCAUAAAAUGUUUAUUUUGGAUCAACAAGAAGAUGGUAAUUCUAUCUCGGUUGGAAAAGGUGAUACGGUGUUGGCCCAAGUUGAAAAAACGACUAGUGCAAGCUUGACUGGACGUUUAUUACGAAAAAUAGAAUGAUAUGUCGUUUGAUUUACUAUUAUCAUAAAAAAU